AUGGAGGUGAUUCCGAAUUUUCAAGUUCAAAAGGUUCUUGCAAUAAGUUACAACUCUCUUGUUGAUGAUUAUCAGAAGAACUUAUUCCUUGAUAUUGCUUGUUUCUUCAAUGGAAUGGAUUACAAUUAUACAGUUAGGAUACUAGAUGGACUUCGUAUAGGUGCAAGAUUUAGUUUUGACAAUCUCAUUGAUAGAUGUCUGGUGAUUCCGAAUUUUCAAGUUCAAAAGGUUCUUGCAAAAAGUUACAACUCUCCUGAUGAUGAUUAUCAGCAGAACUUAUUCCUUGAUAUUGCUUGUUUCUUCAAUGGAAUGGACGAGGAUUAUGCAGUUAGGACACUUGAUGGGCUUGGUAUAGGUGCAAGAUUUAGGAUUGACUAUCUCAUCGACUGA